UAUGAGUAGGUACUUUUAUUUCUCCACCCGCUCUUGUCCCCGACACUCAAUUCUCCAACUCGUCUGUGUACUCGAGUUUUUUUUCUUUAAUGACUCCUUAUUGCUAACCGACGAUUCUCUUUAUCUUUCACGUGACGACUCGUCUACCGGCGAAUUCCAAAAGCUGCGGGUCCAGGUGUGCUUCGCCGUUGCGAACAUUAGAAGGCUCUUUGCGAAUUAUCGCAUUUCCCCCUCGCAUCGUUCUCUUGCAAAUGUUUCCCUUGCAAUUCCUCAAACGGUCUUAAUAGUUAAGCAAAAAGUAUUACAAUUCGGCAACGUGCGUAUGUCUUUCUAACUAUUUGCGAAUUUUUUUGCGACGAAGACUGUGUGUUUUAUGCGAGACAAAAUGGAGAACGAUUCUUUCCUAUAAACUCGCGAUGUUUAUAUAUAGAUAUUCACAAAUUAUUUCUAAUUAUUAUUCACAAUCAUUUUUCUUAUAUUUAUGUUCAUCUCCGGCAUUUUUUGCACGAGAGAGCAAACUUCGCAGGAGCGUUAUAACUAUAAUCGAUAACCCUGGCGAUCGUGUACGCGCACCUGUCGUACUGGUACCAUUUGCACAGGUAAAAAGAUGGCGGUACAACGGUGCUAUGGUGGUUGACGGUGCUGAUGCAGUCCGUGGUCGUCAGUUCUGAUAGAACUACCGGCGCUGACGAUUAAUUCAUCGCUUUCGCACAUAAUUCCGCAAUAGAUAACGAAUGAUUUCGCUUAUACUUCAAGUAUUCAACUAAAAGUGUUUAAUUGACUCUUGAUAAUUCGUCGCGCGCGUUGUGACAUUGACCGAUAAUAUAUUUUAAUUUAAAACGCAUGUUUGAAACAUCACGAAAAUUCUACGAUAUUGAAUCAUUGACUUCGGCUGAAACAAGCUAGCAAUCUAUCGGCAAUAUCUUGAAGAAGUGACGCAAAAACUAUCGACAACAAUUUUCCAUCGAUCAAAGCUAGCAACCAAUUGUGCACUUGUGUUAUUAAUUUAAAUCCAACUAAUUCUAUUCUGCGUGGACGUCAUUAUUGGCCCUUACAGUCGUGACGGUGUAGAUUCUGUGUGCUGCUGCUGCUACUGCUGCUGCACUCGUCGGAAUCAAUUCUUUUGAAUAUUUGAUGCGCCGAGUGCCUCCGCCCUCCCGGAACUCCGGCUCGUGUUCGUUCGUCGGCGCUUAUCGCGCUCGCAUCGCGCGCGGGUAAUGAGAGACGGCGAAAAUGAGGAUAGACCUGGCGGAAGUUGAAGUAUCGACGGAGGACAGCACGCCCGCCACCCCCGCCGUCUCCGUCGCAGUGGACAGCGGCAGCAUGGACAGCACGGCGGACGAUUACGAUGGUGCCGAGGCCGAACUCACGAGCCUCUCCUGGCUGCAAUCGCUGGACAUCACGAGCGCGUCCGGCCUGCCGACGCCGCCCUGCUCGCCGUCGCCGCCGCCGGUCGCUCGCCAGCCCCCGAAGAAGCUGUCGCCCUUGAUCAAGGCCGAAUUAGAUCUCGCGGAGAACGCUGAGAAGUAUCGAACGGAUCCGGACGCGAAGCCGCCGUUCUCCUACGCCACCAUCAUUUGCCUCGCGAUGCGCGCCAACAACAACAAGGUCUCGCUCUCCAACAUCUACGCGUGGAUCCGAGAGAAUUUUCUGUUCUACAAAUACGCCGAUCCGGCCUGGCAGAAUUCGAUUCGACACAAUCUCUCGCUGAACAAGUGCUUCGUGAAACUGCCGCGCUCCAAGGACGAGCCGGGCAAAGGCGGCUUCUGGAAGCUGGAUCUCGAGAGGAUGGAGGAGGGCAAGCGGUCCAGACGCCGCUCCGCGAUCUCGCAGCGGGUUCGCGGGGGCUCGAAGAGGCACGCCGCGACAAACUCGACAACGAUGACGACGACGACGACGACGACGACGACGGCAGCGGCGGUGGCGGCGGAAACGGCGACGGCGACGGCGACGCUCAUUGCUCUUCAAAACGGCAGCAACAGCUGCACGCCGCCCACCAGCUGCUUGUCCAGCACCCUGUACGAGACCCCGCCCAGUAGCGUGUCGCCCCCGAUCCCGGACAGUCUGUCGGAGGUGCCGGAAACGACGCAGGUGAGCCUGAGCGAGGACGACUUUACGAGUCUACUGAUCGCCGGCUGGGACGAGAACAAUCAACUGGAGCUUCUCGAUCUGCUGGACACCCUCUAAAUGGUACGAUGCUCUCGUGAAAAUUCACCUCCCGGAAAUCGACGGCUCUUCGAAAUAGAAAUACUUCUCUCCGGCGCGUCCCUCGACUUCCGUUCCACUCGAUUGGCGGCGGCUAAUAGAGUCGUGAGAGCGAUCAUCUGAAAGUAAUCCGAAUUUUUUAUCGCGAAAAACGCGAUUGCCACGAGACACCUGAAUACGACGAGUUAUCAUUACCGAUGCGAGAUUUCAUUCGCUCGAUGUACUGUUGAAAUGUCAGGGCGACAGUUUCAAGAUGCGAUUAAUUGCAACCGAGGCCGAAAACGUUGAAGAGAGAAAUAAGAAUCUUGGGAAAGGCGGAGGAAGAGUGAUGGAGAGAGAGAGAGAGAGAGAGAGGGGAGUAUUUUUUUUUUCUUCUUCCUUGAGCAGCGAGCUACAAGCGCAAAGAUGUAAUAACGCGCGAUUUCAACGCGCCAUAUAUAUGUAAUAAAAAUGGUCAUAUAUAUUUGACGUAUGUAAGAACUGAUGCCGAAAUGAUGGUAACGUGACAUGUAAUUCAUUGAAGUAUUAUUAGAUUUACGCCGCGGGACAUCCGCCGUAAUCGGUGGCGUUACACGCGAUGAAGAAUAUCAGUGCGUAUCUCGAGAUAUUUCGUGAAUUUUCAGCAACUUGUCCGAACAUUUCUUUUCGCGCCGCACUUUCACCUGUAUUCCGCAUCCUCUUGUCUCGAUUUCCUCAUCGUUGCAAGCCUCUUUUCAUGCAACAUUCUUAUCCCUUCGCACCGAUAUUCCUCCUCGCCUGUAGGAUGAUCGCGUUUCUCGCGGCAAAACGAUUCACGCAUCGUGCCUUCGAAUAAUUAGCAAGUGUCCCUUGUAUCAAUUUUUAAGCAGCGCGCCGGUCUACAUAUAUAUAUGAUAUGCAUAUAUGUAUGUGUGUGUGUGUGUGUGUGUGUAUGUGUGCCAGAUCGAUCGAUUAACGCGAUGCAUACGAUAUUGUCUAGCGCCGCGUUCGAACGACACUCACCAGCGAUUCCCCGAUUUAUUUUUACCGCGCGAGAGAGAAGAAAAGUGUACAUAACGCGCAUCUCAGAUGGGAUGCGAAUUGCAAUUGAUUGCGAAAUCGACGAGAUCUUACGGCGUACACGCACGGUGUACAUUGUGGGCGAGAUACUUACGAGUGCGGCGCAACGUGGUUUUCUAUUUUAUUAUCCU